AUGGCUGACAAGGCAGAUGCCGUAGAGAAGGGCGGCAUUAAGACCAGCGGGAGCGAUGAAGUACCCCCAGUUUACGCAGAGCCACAGGCUGGUUACGCCGAAGAGCAUCCAGAGAAGCUCGGUCUCUGGACCAGGAUGGGCUUCACUCCCCAGUCCUUCCAGCGCCGCACCAAGGCGAACGUAGACAACCAGCUCAACCAGUCCUUGCAGAAGCGCCAUCUACACAUGAUCGCCAUCGGUGGUUCCAUAGGAGCCGGUCUGUUCGUCGGUUCUGGAGGCGCCCUCAACACUGGUGGCCCUGCUGCUCUGCUCAUUGACUUUGGAAUCAUUGGUAUCAUGAUCUUCAACGUCGUCUACGCCCUCGGAGAACUCGCCGUCAUGUACCCAGUCAGUGGUGGUUUCUACACCUACUCUACUCGCUUCAUCGAUCCGUCCUGGGGGUUUGCUAUGGGUUGGAAUUACGUCUUCCAAUGGGCUAUUGUUCUCCCUCUGGAGCUUGUUGUCGCCGGUAUGACGGUACGCUACUGGGGGGUAGACCUCAAUGUGGGCGUCUGGAUUACCGUCUUCCUUGUCGCUAUCAUAUUCAUCAACAUCUUUGGUGUUUUGGGAUAUGCUGAAGAAGAGUUCUGGUCCUCGCUGUUAAAGCUGUCCACCAUUAUCAUCUUCCUUCUCAUCGCCCUCGUCUGUGUACUGGGCGGAGGUCCGUCCAAUGGAAAUUUCAGUGAGUACUGGGGAGCCCGUCUCUGGUACGACCCGGGUGCUUUCGCGAACGGCUUUAAGGGCGUAUGCUCCGUUUUUGUCACAGCCGCCUUCUCCUUCUCCGGAACCGAGUUGGUCGGUCUGGCCGCUGCCGAGUCGGAGAACCCUGCCAAGCAGCUGCCAGGUGCCGUCAAGCAGGUCUUUUGGCGUAUCACUCUCUUCUACAUCCUGUCUCUUCUCUUUGUCGGGCUUUUGGUUCCCUACAACGACGACAGGCUCCUCGGCGCCAACCCUUUUAUUGAUGUUGCCGCUUCUCCUUUCGUCAUCGCUGCCAAUGACGCUGGUUUGAUUGGAUUCGACAGCUUCAUCAACGUUGUCAUUCUCGUUUCUGUCAUCUCCAUCGGCCUGUCCGGCGUCUACGGCGGAUCUCGUACCUUGACCGCCCUCGCUGAGCAAGGCUACGCCCCCAAGAUUUUCACUUACAUCGACAAGGCCGGCCGUCCUCUAUGGUCAACCAUCGCCGUCAUCGCCUGCAGUCUGUUGGCCUACAUCAAUCUCGACAAAGACGGCCAGAUCGUCUUCGACUGGCUCGUCGCCCUGUCAGGUCUGGCCGCGCUAUUCACCUGGGGCAGCAUCUGCGUCGCCCACAUCCGCUUCCGCGCCGCCUGGGCCUACCACGGCCACACCGUCGACGAGAUCCCCUUCCACGCCGUCGGCGGCGUGUACGGCUCAUGGAUCGGCUUCGGACUCGUAGUCCUGGUCCUAAUCGCGCAGUUCUACAUCGCCAUCAGCCCCGUCGGCGGAGGCCUCAACGACGCCGAAGGCUUCUUCAAGGACUACCUCGCCCUCUUCGUCGUCGGCUUCUUCUGGAUCUGCGGCUACUUCUGGAAACGGACGGGCUGGCUGACGCUUUCCCAGAUCGACGUCGACACCGGUCGCCGCGCCGUCGAUUGGGAUCGCAUCAUGGCUGAGCGCGAGAGGGUCGCUGCCAUGCCUGCGUGGCGGAGAGCCCUGAAAGUCGUUAUUUGA